ACAUGAAAUCCGGUCGAUGGAUUACGCUUGUUCACUGUUUACCGUCGACCAUUUCUGCUUCAUGCUCAAAGUCAUCUCCGCCUCUCACCCAGUAGCCAUCAGAUCCUCUCCACUCUGCGUGGGACCUUGCGCAGCCUUCAUGGUCCCCGCACAUCUCGCGAUGAAAGCAAAAAAACGCGAUCUCCCCCCCCCCUCAAAGUUGUCACCGUUCAGCGGCACAGCAGCAACAACAGCAGCAGCAGCAGCAGCAGCAAUGGCCGCUUUCCGAAGAGUGGCAGCGCUGGCCGGUAAAGUAAACCUCUUGGCGGCAGCGAGGUACGAGCAGGUCGGCGGUCAGGCGGCCGGAGGAGGAAGGACGCGCAGGGGUCUGGCCGUCGGGACGUGCCUGGCGACGGGAGGCGCCGUGGCGCUGUACUUCUACCGCGAUACGACGAGCCGCGCGGGCAGCAAGAGGAUGGAGAGGCGCCGCGUCACCGGUCCGCUCCCGACCAUCCCGUCCGUCGAAGCCAAGGAGAAGGAAAGUCCGUUUGACUUUGAGGAUGGAGACGUCUACAUGUCGUCACACGAGCAUCGCUUCCGCAUUUUCAGCUCAGUGGAGUAUGAAGGGCAGCUCUACAUGACACCACAGAACUUCAUCGAGUCGGUCACCAUGAGCGAACCCAGAAACAAGAGGCCCUGGAGGUCCCUGGCCAAACAGGAGCUGGAGAAAAUUUUGUCCGAAACUCCCCUAGUAUGGAGAGGAUCCUCCAAACUGUUUCGCAACCUGAGAGAAAGAGGAAUCAUCUCAUACACAGAGUACCUGUUCCUGCUCUGCAUCCUGACAAAACCUCAUGCUGGCUUCAAGAUUGCUUUCAAUAUGUUUGAUGCAGACGGCAACCAGAUGGUGGACAAGAGGGAGUUCUUGGUGCUUCAGGAGAUCUUCCGGAAGAAAAACGAGAAGAAAGGGAGGAAAGGAGAUGUUGAGAAGUCAGCACAGUUGGUGCUAAAAAAAGACAGUCAGGAGUUUGUGGCACGGAGUUACUGGGACGUUCUGAGGCGAAGCGCCAGUCAAGUCCUCUUUUCUGACCUAGCAGAGCGGGCAGAUGAGAGUAUCACGAUUGACACCACCCUUUUGGUCCAUUUCUUUGGGAAGAAAGGGAAGGCAGAGCUUACAUUUGAUGACUUCUACAGGUUCAUGGAUAACCUUCAAACAGAGGUGUUGGAAAUUGAGUUUCUGACCUACUCUAAGGGGAUGACCACCAUCAGUGAAGAAGACUUUGCCAAAAUCCUGCUUCGAUUCACCAACGUGGAAAACAUCAGCGCCUACCUGGAGAAUGUCCGCCAUUGUAUACCUGAUGAGAAGGGAAUCACCUUUGAUGAGUUCCGAUCAUUCUUCCAGUUUCUCAACAACCUCGAGGACUUUGCCAUUGCCAUGCAGAUGUACAAUUUUGCCUCUCGCUCCAUUGGACAAGAUGAGUUUGCAAGAGCGGUGUAUGUGGCCACUGGGCUGAAGCUGACACGGCACCUCGUGAACACCAUCUUCAAGAUCUUUGACGUGGAUCACGAUGACCAGCUCUCCUACAAGGAGUUCAUCGGCAUAAUGAAGGACCGGCUGCACAGGGGGGGAAGGGGCUAUAAAUCUGCAGAGCGCGCCACCUCUUUUAAAUCCUGUCUGAAGAAGGAGCUGGCGGGCAGAUAAGUAACACCUUCAACCAAAAGUCUGAAACUGCUUUGACCGUUUUACAUUCAUAUCUGUGGUUUAUGUAUUUUCACCUUUUAGGUGCGUUACCUUAAUGAGUUAACAAAGUAGGUACAUUUGAGCUUGAUCAGGGGACAACCACUUCAUUUUAGUAAAACAACCUUUUACAUGCUAAUCAAUGUUUUCACUUUGCUAGCUAGCUAAGUUUGUCUUAGAUGGUUAGAUUUGUUUAAAUAUUUUUAAAGUCAACAUAACAAUUACAUGUAGGCAACUUCCUGUAAACUGCAAGUAAGUGUAAUUGCUACACAGCGUGUACAGAGCUGCAACAAUGGGUUCAUUACUAAUCCUGAAUGUGUGGGCAGCUUAAAACUAUUUUUUUAUUAUUAAAUAAUUUCCCCUCCCUUCACAACUUUUAUCCAACAAACAGUAUGCAAUAAAUGAAAGACCUCUUGUUGGGAAUAUUUGUAGAUAUGGCAUUAAAAGAAGUGAGUUCUGACUCCCUGCAUGACCGUGUCUCCCUUUGCUGUUUACCAGGUGAAGGCCCGACACCGCACCUCCUUCUCGGCUGCCUUCACUCCGGGCGCGAAAGAGCACCAGCUCCGCAGGAACUGAUCUCUGUAUGGUCAGACUGAUGCCCUGUGAGAUGAUAACGAGGAAUUCACUCAUUGUUUUCAUCUUCAUUGAUGCCAAGUACAGUUUGCAGCAAAAUACAGAGUUAGUUUUUUGGUUCUAUUUGUUCUAUUUUGGUGACGUCUUCGUUUAAAAAAAAAAAAAAUCUUUAAGAUAUAUAUAUUAUUUUGAAUGAAAUAUUACAUAUAUAUAACUAUGCCAAUUUCCGCAUAUUUUAAGUUAGAUCAACCAAAUUACAUUUUUACUUAAUAUAUUAAAAAUGACUUAUCACAACAACAACAGAUGUUCCAGUCGUUAUAACUGAAAGAGCACUUCAGUAACUCUUCAUAAUUGCAUCCUUAUACAAUGAAUAAGAGUAACGAAAAACACAUUAAAGUACAUUAACAUAUCUAAGAUCAAAGAUGAAUUUGUAGAAGCGCAUGUAGAUUGUUUUUUAUUGAUCUCAAUAUUAUCUUAUCUUAUUUUAUCUAGUUAGUAGUUGUUGCUUUUUAAUGCACUAAGGGUGUAAUCACUAUUGUUACAGAUGAGAUGAUAUAUGAUGCUAAUAUUACUACAGCACUGGGAACUAUUUGACGUGAAUGUAAAAGAAUAAAACGGGAAGAAAGGGAAGAAAUUUAGAUUUUUCCAAUUGUAAUUUCAAUAUUUGAUAUUUUAUUAAUACUCUCUUUUAACAGACAAAUAAUUAUACAACAUAAAUUGUUUUGUAAAAAUAGAUAUGCAAUGUAUGACUAAAUGUAAUGUCUUUUGGAAUGCCUUGGUGUGAAAUAUGGAAUAUAUUUAAGUACAUUUCAAAUGAAUAAAAGACUAGGAAAUGGAAAGCCACUGUCAAAAUGUUAAUUAUUCACGCUCUCGUUUUCUCAUUUUUGGAAUGAUCUUUGAUAUUUGUCCUGCCAGUGAAGCUGAUGAAUGUUCUUUCAUGCACAAAUAAACUAUUUUAAGAAAACGUGGAAA